AUGUCGUAUACCGUUCGCAAGAUCGCCCAGCCUUACACGCUGGAGCACCGUGUUUACAUCGAGAAGGAUGGCGUCCCCGUCUCUCCCUUCCACGAUAUCCCCCUCUACGCCAACGAGGAGCAGACUAUCCUGAACAUGGUUGUUGAGAUCCCCCGCUGGACCAACGCUAAGCAGGAGAUCUCCAAGGACGAGUUCCUCAACCCCAUCAAGCAGGACACCAAGAAGGGCAAGCUGCGCUUCGUCCGCAACUGCUUCCCCCACAAGGGCUAUCUCUGGAACUACGGUGCCUUCCCCCGCACCUGGGAGGACCCCAACUCCGUCCACCCCGAGACCAAGGCCAAGGGUGACAACGACCCUCUGGACGUUUGCGAGAUUGGUGAGCUGGUCGGCUACCCCGGCCAGGUCAAGCAGGUCAAGGUUCUCGGUGUCAUGGCCCUGAUUGACGAGGAGGAGACCGACUGGAAGAUCAUUGUCAUCGACGUCAACGACCCUCUGGCCAACAAGCUCCACGACAUUGAGGAUGUCGAGCGCCACCUGCCCGGUCUCAUGCGUGCCACCAAUGAGUGGUUCCGCAUCUACAAGAUCCCCGACGGCAAGCCCGAGAACCAGUUUGCUUUCUCCGGCGAGUGCAAGAACAAGAAGUAUGCCGAGGAGGUCAUCAAGGAGUGCUCCGAGGCCUGGGAUAAGCUGAUCUCUGGCAAGACCAACGCUAGUGACAUCAGCAUUGCCAACACCCAGCUCGACCUGAACCGCGCUGAUCCCGCUCAGGUCGCUGCCAUUCCCCGUGGCGAGAACCUGGCUCCUGCCCCCAUUGAUGGCAGCAUUGACAAGUGGUUCUUCAUCUCCGGCGCUGCCGUGUAA